AUGCCUAAAAAAAGAACAACUUUAAAGGGUUAUCAAAAAAAAGAACUAUGUCUAACAAAAUUAAGUAAUCCUAAACUAACCAAUAAUGAAUUAGCAGAUCAAUAUCACAUUAGUAAGAAUUCUGUAAGAGAUAUUUUAAGAGAAUCAGACUAUUGGAUUAAUCUUGAUUUUAAUAGUCAUGAGGCUCAAUCACAAAGAAAUCG